CGUUUUUAUUUUUUAACUCAAUUCAAACCGAACGAAAUGAAUGACUAUUAUGUUAUGUAUGUCCAACAGAAUUUUAGUUAAUGACUGGAUGACUGCCUUUGACUUUAUAAGUUACAUUUGAUAAUUACAUUGUCCUGAUUUUAUGUCUUAGCUGCAAUUUAUAUACCUUUUAUAAAUGAUAAUGUAUUCAUGUAAAGUGUCUCCAGGGAAUGUAGCAAAAUAUGCAAGAUUUUGGAGCUCGCUUCCCGAUAUUGAUAUUGAUUACUACUGCAAUUCUAAUAAUGCUGCAGAAAUAAAACAGAAUAUAAAGUUAAGAAAAGGUGUGGGUAAUAUAGACCGUGCACAAGAACUGUUUAAUAAAUUCAAUAGAAUUCCAAUAUAUCAUAGUUCCCAUGACAUUGUAAAAGAAGAUUUGUACAAAGAACUUAGUUGCUUACCUAAUAGAACCCAUCCUUCAGUUCAAAAAUACAAUGACUCUCCGCACAUAGUUCAAACGCUUAAUGAGAAAAAAGAAUUUGGUAAAUAUGCUCCACUUGAAUUCAGUGAGAUAACAAGACGUUUGAAUUUGAUGAGGACAGAUAAAUUGGGCCAUACAUGUGGCCACAAAAGUUAUUACUUUUUAGGAGAAUUAGCAGAAUUAGAGGAGGCUUUAAUUAAAUAUACUAUAAUGUCCCUAUUAAACAAAAAAUUCAAAUUAGUUUCUGUGCCUGACAUUUUGCCGAAAAAUGUUUUAGAGAGUUGUGGAAUGGCAGUUAAUAGUGAUAGAACACAGAUAUAUAGUUUGGAUGCAGUUCACCAUGGAUCAGAUUUGUAUCUAUCAGGUACAGCAGAGAUGUCGCUAGCAGGCUUGUUAAUGAACUCAACACACAGUAUAUCUGAUCUUCCUCUUAAGCUAGCUGCUGUAAGCAGAUGUUAUCGUGCUGAGACAUCUAACAUUGUAGAAGAAAGGGGAAUAUAUAGAGUUCAUCAGUUUACUAAAGUAGAAAUGUUUGCUGUCACUACUCCAGAACAAUCAGAAGAUAUGUUAGAGUAUAUCCAGAAAGUUCAACAGGAAUUGUUUUCACCUCUUGGAUUUCAUAUGAGAAUUCUAGAUAUGCCGCCAAUUGAGUUAGGUGCACCUGCUUACAGAAAAUACGACAUUGAAGCUUGGAUGCCUGGUCGAAACAGCUAUGGCGAGAUAUCCAGCUGUAGUAAUUGUACUGAUUACCAGUCUAGAAGAUUACAUAUUAAAUAUACAGAUAGUAAUGGCAAUAAAUAUGCUCAUACAUUGAAUGGAACUGCUUGUGCAAUACCAAGAAUAUUAAUUGCCUUAAUUGAAACCCAUCAAGAUCCCAAAGGGAAAAUAUUUAUCCCAGAUGUAUUACAACCUUAUAUGAAUGGAAAAAAAUAUAUAUCCAAAAAUACUAUUACACCUGAAUUAAAACUGGCGAAAAUAAAAAAAUAA